AAGAAUCUUCGAGAAGAGCAGAGCUGCGCUCGCCUUUACCGCGUAGGUUGCACAACGUGCAAGAAUUCGUUUGCCGGUUAGAUCGUUCCAAAUCGUAAUUUUAAAAACACGUUUUAUAACAAUGGCUGCAGCUAAUGCCAUUAAAAGACUUGUUCCGCUCUUUGAUAGAGUUCUUAUACAGAGAGCAGAAGCUGUAACAAAAACAAAAGGUGGUAUUGUCCUGCCAGAAAAAGCUCAGGCUAAAGUUUUACAAGGAACAGUUGUAGCAAUAGGGCCGGGACAACGAAAUGAUAAGGGAGAACAUAUUCCUUUAAGUAUCAAAGUUGGCGAUGUUGUUUUAUUGCCCGAGUAUGGUGGAACCAAGGUGGAACUAGAAGAUAAUAAGGAAUUUCAUUUAUUCCGUGAAUCAGAUAUAUUGGCAAAAUUGGAAGUUUAAAUUUAUAUUAGAUUAAAAUUUAUAAUUUUCCAAAUGCUACAAACUGUUCUCUAAGAUAUCUAGAAAUAAAUAAUAAGACGCUAGUUAAUCUUACAUAUAAUUCAAUAUUCACCAUUGAUUCACAAAAUUGUAUAAUUUCUGUUACAAGUCUCUUGUUUAAUGUGUCAUUUCAUAUUUACAUAUACAUGAAACUAGAAUAAAACGUUCGUUAUGUUUUUAUUAUUUCUUAGUAUAUUGUUUUUUGUUCUAUUCUUUUUCAGUGUUAAUAAUCUAUAAGAAAAAUAAAAAAAAAA